GCAAUGUGUCGAAGUACCGAGUGAACCGAGUGAACCGAGUGAACCGAGUAAAGCAACGUGUAGAAUCGAAAGUGAAAUCGCUUCGUGACAACGAACGCACUAAAAAACUGCACAACGAUUGGUCUGUCUUCAAGAUGGUGUUUGGAACAAAAACACGGGUGUUUGUAAGGAAUCACCCUGAACAAUUAACGAAUGUCCAAAAUGGAAUAAUGGACAAGCUGAAAAAACGCCUUGAGAUCCAGCUGGUGGAUUCAGUUGAUAGCUGUGAUGUCAGCGUCGCUUUUGUUCCAAUUGUGUCUCGGGCCGGAACAGACAUUGAAGCUGCACUUCGAACUAUUCCAACAUCUCCCCAACAGUCUGUUGUCCUCAUAGUUAUCCACCACACCUAUGAUGGAGAUUACAUUGCUCCAGACAGCAAUCGGUCUGUAGAAAGGGAUGGUGUGUUUGCUGUAGACUUCCUCGGUCAUGAAGAUUGUGGGCUGCUGAGAUGUUUUAUCAAUGAUAAAGCACUGAAGUCCCUCGCUGAUCAUCUGGCCCCUGAGGCACCGCAUACCCCGCAGAUUCUACCAAAUAAUCCACGAUUUCCGAGACAUUAUCUGAUCUAUUUUGCUGUCGGUGCUUUGGUUGUUCUCGGUAUUGUGCUACCUGUUUAUUUUCUCAGUCAGCCAAGUCAAGGAAAUAAUCCCACUCCACCUACUACAACUACAGAGAUGCCCAACAUAACUACACCUGUAACUACACCUGUAACUACACAGCAGCCUAAUGUAACUGUAUCUAAAUUGACGACUGUUAUUAUGGAAGUGACUAAUACAUCUGUAACUCCACAGCAGCUUAAUAUAACUACAGCUAGAGCCGCCUAACAUAAUGGUGACUAAACAGCAACAACUGUUUAGCUAUAACUACAGUGUACACAGCACACUAAUCUAACAGUAGCUGCAAAAUAAUAAUAAAUAUAAAAAAUUAGUGUAACAUCGAUUCUUCUCAAUCAGCUGCAUUUUUUAUUACAGUUACAUUAUUUUAUUUUGACAAUGAGUCGAUCAAACCUGUUGCAAGUAUUUUUGUCAUCAGUCAUUAUACAAUCAUUCUAACUAGAAGAAAAAAAUUUAAACCAAACGUUCUAAAAAUUCUGUGCUUCAUAAAGGGUUCAUUUAGAACAUUUUGUGAUGAAACAGGUUUUUUUCCGAUUAUAAGGGUUUCUUAGACAAAUCUACCGUAACUACGUGUUUUUUAGUUUUAAGAUUAAAUCCAUUUCAAAUAUUUAAUGUUUAUUAAACGCAUUCAUAAUCUUGCACUAAUUCACUAAUGCAUGAAUUCAUAUUCAUCGGGGCAGUCGUGGCCUAAUGGUUAGAGAGUCUGACUUGUAACCCGAAGGUUAUGGGUUCGAGUCUCGGGCUGGCCAUGACUGAGGUGCCCUUGAGCAAGGCACCGAAUUCCCCAGCUGCUCCCCGGGUGUCGCAGCAUAAAUAGCUGCCCACUUUGGAUGGGUUAAAUGCAGAGAACAAAUUCUGAGUAUGGGUUGCUGUAUGUCACUUCACUAUAUUCCUUAAAUGAGUCUGUAGACAUGUAUUUUUGCUUCUAAUAAUUAUCAAAACUCUCAUAUGCUGCUGCUAAAAUGUAAUGUGAUGUUUGUGAAAAUGAACGAAUAAAUAAAUAAAUAAAUAAAUAAAAUGAAAAACCUUCA